AUGGACCUUGUAGAUGUCUUCCCGGAAAAUCCUUUUCAUCCUACAGUCAAAUAUAUCGCCAUCAAUCAAACCCCAUUCUCAGUACCAUGGGGUAAAAACACAGUACGACUAGGCAAAGGCUUUAACAGUCGGCAGCGAGAGCAAGAUGAGUUUUUUAUGAAAUCCUCGGCAUUCAAAGAUGUGGACAAUACACCUCUCCAAUAUCGAAAAUGUCAGAUCACGGCGAUAAGGGACGAGUCAGGCUCAAGCAUCGCCUACGCAUCUGAGAACGCGAGCUUCGCCAUCAGCGGAUCAGCUUCAAAUAUUAGCGUUCGUGCGGACCAUAUAUGUGGUCAGAUCGAAAUGCUCCGCGUUCCUCAACUGGACACAGAUGCAGUUAGACUCUUGAACACAUCUUCUGACCCGAUCAUCGAGUUUCAAAAAAUAUAUGGCGACUUUUACGUAGCAGGAUAUCGCGUGGGUGCAGUGAACGACACCAUUAUCUCUGGGAAACUCGCCAACAAGACAUUCUUCGAUGCUAAACGUGCAGUUGCCAAAGGCAAGGUGGCUUGGGCCAAAGUCCACAAGUCUAUCAACGAAUUAUCAGCAUCGGCUAGCAACGAGGGUUUGAUCAGGGUUGAUGCGUUCGACUCGCUCAUGGACUUUCACUCCACCUUCUCGGUCCAAACGGACGACGACAUAGUUCGUAUGGGUGACGUGGCUGCUAAGAAUAAGCAGCGAGCAAUGACGAUUGCAGCCAGGGCUACUGAGACAUUAUGGAAGGAUUUCUCACUGGGCUACGAGGACACAGUGUAUCAGGAAGUGGUUGAUCACCUCUGUGAUAGAGGGCUUGUCACGGAAUUGUUACUGGCUCCUUUUGCGACGCUCCGAGAGUAUCAAUAUCUUCUUGCUCGUAGAAGAAUCAAUAUGCGUUAG